UCCCCUCUGGGCUAUCAGCUGCUUUGGAGAUUAGUUUCAUAGUAAAGAUUCUUUCUGUAGAGCAGUAUGAAGCGACUACUUUCACAGGGGCACCAGCCCCUUUGCUCUUACCCCGUCGGAAGCCAACAUGUCCCUGAAAAAUGAGCCAAGAGUAAAUACCUCUGCACUGCAGAAAAUCGCUGCUGACAUGAGUAAUUUGAUAGAAAAUCUGGACACGCGGGAGCUGCACUUUGAGGGAGAGGAGGUGGAUUAUGAUGUGUCUCCCAGCGAUCCCAAGACACAGGAAGCGUGUAUUCCAUUCUCGGCUAUUUAUAAGACUCAAGGAUUUAAGGAGCCUAACAUACAGACGUAUCUCUCUGGCUGUCCAGUAAAAGCCCAAGUCCUGGAAGUGGAACGCUUUACAUCUACAACAAGGGUACCAAGUAUCAAUCUUUACACUAUUGAAUUAACACAUGGGGAAUUUAAGUGGCAAGUUAAGAGGAAAUUCAAACACUUUCAAGAAUUUCACAGAGAGCUGCUCAAGUACAAAGCUUUUAUCCGAAUCCCCAUUCCCACCAGAAGGCACACGUUUAGAAGACAGAAUGUCAAAGAAGAGCCUCGAGAGAUGCCAAGUUUUCCCCGUUCAUCUGAAAACAUGAUCAGAGAAGAACAAUUCUUUGGUAGAAGGAAACAACUGGAAGAUUAUUUGACAAGGCUACUAAAAAUGCCCAUGUAUAGAAACUACCAUGCGACAACAGAGUUCCUUGGCAUAAGCCAGCUGUCUUUCAUCCAUGAUUUGGGACCAAAGGGCAUAGAAGGUAUGAUAAUGAAAAGAUCUGGCGGACACAGAAUACCAGGUUUGAAUUGCUGUGGUCAGGGAAGAGCCUGCUACCGCUGGUCAAAAAGGUGGUUGAUAGUGAAAGAUUCAUUUUUACUAUAUAUGAAACCAGACAGUGGUGCCAUUGCCUUUGUCCUGCUAGUAGAUAAAGAAUUCAAAAUUAAGGUGGGGAAGAAGGAGACAGAGACAAAAUAUGGGCUCCGAAUUGAUAAUCUUUCAAGGACACUUAUUUUAAAAUGCAACAGCUAUAGGCAUGCUCGGUGGUGGGGAGGGGCUAUAGAAGAAUUCAUCCAGAAACACGGCACCAACUUUCUCAAAGACCAUCGAUUUGGGUCAUAUGCUGCUAUCCAAGAGAAUACUUUAGCUAAAUGGUACGUUAAUGCCAAAGGGUAUUUUGAAGAUGUGGCAAAUGCUAUGGAGGAGGCGGAAGAAGAGAUUUUUAUCACAGACUGGUGGUUGAGUCCAGAAAUCUUCCUGAAACGCCCAGUGGUUGAAGGAAAUCAUUGGAGGUUGGACUGCAUUCUCAAACGAAAAGCAGGAGUGAAAGUCUUUGUAAUGCUCUAUAAAGAAGUGGAACUUGCCCUCGGAAUCAACAGUGAAUACAGCAAGAGGACUUUAAUGCGUCUACACCCCAACAUAAAGGUGAUGAGGCACCCCGAUCAUGUAUCAUCCAGCGUAUAUCUGUGGGCCCAUCAUGAGAAACUUGUUGUCAUCGACCAGUCAGUGGCCUUUGUGGGUGGGAUCGACCUGGCCUAUGGAAGAUGGGAUGACAAUGAACACAGACUCACAGACGUGGGUAGUGUGAAGCGUGUCACCGUAGGAUCGUCUCUGGGUUCCUUCACAGCUGAAACAACAGAGUCCAUGGGAUCCUUGAGCCUCAAAGAUAAAAAUGAAUCUGGUAAAAAUCUGCCCUCCAUGAAGAGUGCUGAUGAUAUGGAUUCAAAACUGAAAGGAGUGGGAAAGUCCAGAAAGUUCUCUAAAUUUAGCCUCUACAGGCAGCUCCACAGGCACCACCUGCAGGAUGCAGAUAGCAUCAGCAGCAUUGACAGUGCCUCCAACACCAGCUCCAUCCGCAGUUUGCAAACAGGCAUGGGAGAGCUCCACGGGGAAACCAGGUUCUGGCAUGGAAAGGACUAUUGCAAUUUUGUCUUCAAAGACUGGGUUCAACUGGAUAAACCUUUUGCUGAUUUCAUUGACAGACACUCCACUCCCCGGAUGCCAUGGCAUGACAUCGCCUCUGCAGUCCACGGGAAGGCAGCUCGUGAUGUGGCCCGUCAUUUCAUCCAGCGCUGGAACUUCACGAAGAUUAUGAAGUCAAAAUAUCGAUCCCUUUCUUAUCCUUUCCUGCUUCCCAAAUCUCAAACAACAGCCCAUGAGUUGAAAUAUCGAGUGCCUGGGUCCGUCCAUGCCAAUGUACAGUUGCUCCGCUCUGCUGCUGAUUGGUCGGCUGGUAUAAAGUACCAUGAAGAGUCCAUCCAUGCUGCUUACAUCCAUGUGAUAGAGAACAGCAAGUACUAUAUCUAUAUAGAAAACCAGUUUUUCAUAAGUUGCGCUGAUGACAAAGUUGUAUUCAACAAGAUAGGUGAUGCCAUUGCUCAGAGGAUACUGAAAGCUCACAGGGAAAGCCGUAGAUACCGGGUGUAUGUGGUGGUACCACUGCUUCCAGGAUUUGAAGGCGACAUCUCAACCGGUGGAGGAAAUGCUCUGCAAGCCAUAAUGCACUUCAACUACAGGACCAUGUGCAGAGGAGAAAAUUCCAUCCUUGGACAGUUAAAAGCAAAGCUUGGCAAUCAGUGGAUAAAUUACAUCUCAUUCUGUGGCCUUAGAACACAUGCAGAGCUUGAAGGAAACCUAGUCACUGAGCUCAUCUAUGUCCACAGCAAGUUGCUAAUUGCUGAUGACAACACUGUUAUUAUCGGCUCUGCCAACAUAAACGACCGAAGCAUGCUGGGAAAGCGUGACAGUGAAGUGGCUGUCAUCGUGCAGGAUACGGAGACGGUCCCUUCAGUGAUGGAUGGAGAAGAGUACCAGGCUGGCCGCUUCGCCCAGGGACUUCGGCUGCAGUGCUUCAGGGUUGUCCUUGGCUAUCUUUCUGACCCAAGUGAAAACAUUCAGGAUCCAGUGUGUGACAAAUUCUUCAAGGAGGUGUGGGUUGCAACGGCAGCUCGAAAUGCUACAAUUUAUGAUAAGGUGUUCCGGUGCCUUCCCAAUGAUGAAGUACACAAUUUAACUCAAUUGAGAGACUUUAUAACCAAGCCCAUCUUAGCAAGGGAAGAUCCCAUUAGAGCUGAGGAAGAACUGAAGAAGAUCCGUGGGUUCUUAGUGCAGUUCCCCUUAUAUUUCCUGUCUGAAGAAAGCCUACUGCCUUCCGUUGGAACCAAAGAAGCCAUAGUGCCCACAGAGGUUUGGACUUAAGGGUGAUAUUCGUUUGCAGCUCCAAGGACUCCCACCUUGAAAAGGACACUGUGCACAGUGACUUUAGGGAGAUCCUCACAGCUGCAGGCAGCCCUGACGCAUGCUGGGAUCCACCCCAGGGACCCUCUGGAUUGGCUGGGCAGGGCUGCGGUCCUGAUAGAAGGACACGGAACAUCAGGUGGGCUUUCUAACUCCUCCUGCUUAUCUGUGUGAAAAAGGGACUGUCUUCUUAUUGGUAGCUAUAUGCUCAACAACCAAUUCCGUGGUAUACACCAAAAUGCAUUUCCUUUGCUAACAAGAAUUUACCUGUGCCUGUGAUCUAGGUUGCCAGAAAUUGUCGGACCCUCCUUAUUUUUCUCUGACCCUCAUUAAUGCAGCUGAUGACUGCCGGACCUGCCCUCACUUCAUAGUACAUACAGACA